AUGAACUUCCGUCGUCAGCCCAGUACGCCUCCCAGCUUUGCCGUCCCCAGUAACUUCAGAACCCACCAGCGCCCUGGAUCUGGCUACAGAAUGCAGCGUGUCACGCCUUCACCGCCCUAUCCGCCGUUCCCAGUCGGUCCCCACCCGAUAAGCACUCCGCCGCAAUCGAGACCCCAGCCACGCAAAGUCAUGCAGAAUGACGACUGGAAGAAGUGGCAGGACCUGAAGAUCAAGGUCCACAACUUGCCUGUCGGCAUCAAUACUGUUGAUGUGUACAAGCUCUUCAAGCAUGAGGGCACGAUAAGCAAGAUCGACAUUGUAUCAGAGUCAAAUGGAAAGGUAGCCUAUGUGGUUUUCAGCCCGCCACCCCUCAGGAGCUUCUGGGAGGACCAGUGGUCUCUGCCAUGGAGGCAGCCAGGUUCCGGAAUUCCUCUGAGAGUCGAAGCUCGCGGCCAGGUGCGAUACUCCUUGAAGAACAGCCCGACGAACCCCAACAAAAAAUAUCCUGAGAUAAUGACAGUUUCAGCAAAGUCCGUCGACUUCGGAUUCAUGUACGGCGAGUCGGCCAUGAUGAACAUGCAGAACGCAUCCAAGAUCCGUCCUCACAAUGUCGCAAUCACUCUCAAUCUGAAGUGGAACAGACUCACCGUUCACUUCCCACUAGACUUGUUCAACGAGGAGAAGAACUUCCACGUGACUCAACAGUACCGCUUUGAGAUUCCCAUCCAGCGCCUGAGCAGAGUUCAUGAGGCAAGGGAAGGUGACAAGCGCGUUCUGAUUAUUCCUUCGGAUUACGUUCCGAGCUUCUUUCGCAAGGUCGAGCAUGUGGAGUCAACCCAUGAGACCGGAGAAUCUUUUUGGUCUGACUCAAAGGCGUGGUACCGUCAGGUCGAUAUCACACAUCUCCGCACUCCACUGAAGACUGCUUCAAUAACGCUAAGGAAGAAAACCCCGGUCAUCGAUAUUGGCCACUGGACUACCUACAAGAUCGACUUUGAUUCAUCCUCGACGGAUCUUACGAGAUAUGAUGAGAUACUCAGUGCCUUAGCCGACUGGAACGUGAAUAUCGUUGCCGACACGCCAAUUACGCUGCUGGAGAGGGAGCAAUCGACCAUGUGGGACGUAAUCGACGGCCCCAAAUCCCCUUCUCUUUUUGGCAAGGCGAGUUCUUAUGAUCUUGAACCGGAACCAAUCAGCCUCGACUUUGAACUUCGGUAUCAGCUCGAGGCCUGCCUCUCCAACAACAUCCUCAACGAGCACAACAUCUCGGCGGACUUCCUGCAACGCCUUUCGAAAAUGAACAGCGAGACGGCCAAAGCCUACCUGAAGGUGGCAAUGCAAAAGAAACAGCGUUUCUACGAACCUCAGGACAUAUUCAAGUUGCCUCUUGGCAAGAAAGGAAUGCCCAGGGAGAUACCCGCCCAUUGUACCUGGUCGCACGCUGUCACGGUCACGCCAUCGACCGUCAUAAUAUCCUCUCCGUCCAUGGAAAUAUCAAACCGUGUGAUCCGUGACUACAUCAAGUUUAGCGACCGCUUCUUGCGCGUCAAAUUCACAGAUGAGAAACACGAAGGGAGAUUAAGGAACGGAAAUGGCGACAGAGACCUGGAGCUCCUCACUCGUGUCUGGCGCACGCUGAGGAACGGCAUUACAAUCGGUGGUCGCCACUAUGAAUUUCUUGCCUUCGGGAACUCCCAGUUCCGUGAGAAUGGCGCCUAUUUCUUCUCGUCUGUGGAAGGCGAAACGGAUGAGGAAGACAAUUUGACAGCGUCAUACAUCCGUGAAUGCAUGGGCGAUUUCAGCCAGAUCAAAGAAGUUGCUCGCUAUGCCUCACGCAUGGGACAGUGCUUCUCUACGACAAGGGCGGUCACGGGUGUCAAGGCGCUCAUUGACGGAGCCGAAGACGUCACGCGCAAUGGUUACACCUUCACAGAUGGCGUGGGCAAGAUCUCGCAGCUUCUGGCGCAGCAAGUUGCGGAGGAAUUUGGUCACCCCAAUCCGAUUGAAGACACGCCUUCUGUAUUCCAAUUUCGACUCGGGGGCUGCAAGGGUAUUCUUGCGGUUGCACCAGAGCUCGAUGGACAUCAGAUUAUUGUGAGAAGAUCACAGGAGAAAUUCCCGGCCGCGAAUGACGGCCUCGAAGUCAUCAAGUGGUCACAGUAUGCAACGGCUACUCUCAAUCGACAGCUCAUCGUUGUACUCGAUGCCCUUGGAGUACCUGGGUAUGUCUUCAUGAACAAGCUUCGGAACCAACUUUCUGGCCUUACCAACGCCAUGACAUCGGAAGAAGUCGCACUUCGUUUUCUGCAAAGGUCUGUGGACCCGAUCCAGACCACUCUAGUACUUGCGAAUAUGAUAAUGGAUGGCUUCAUGGGUGUCAAGGAGCCCUUCCUGAUGUCGGUCCUGCAUGUAUGGAGGGCUUGGAGCAUCAAGAAUCUAAAAGAAAAGGCAAAACUCUUCAUCGGUGAAGGGGCAUUUUUGCUCGGAUGUGCCGACGAGACUGCUUCUCUCCGUGGGCAUUACUACUCUGACCAGAAGCAGAUUCAUGGGGCGAAGGGCUUGAUUCCGGAGACCCUGCCGGAGAUAUUUGUCCAGGCUUCGGACCCAGACCAUGAAGGGCGCUACAAGGUCAUUGAGGGCGUUUGCCUCGUUGCGCGCAACCCUUCGCUUCAUCCUGGAGACAUUCGCGUCGUCCACGCUGUCGACAAGCCGCAGCUGCGCCACUUGAAGAAUGUGAUUGUGUUCCCGCAAACCGGCGACCGAGACGUUCCAAACAUGUGCUCUGGAGGUGAUUUGGAUGGAGAUGAUUACCUAGUAAUCUGGGACAAAGAGCUAAUCCCCGUUAUCAUCAACCAUCCACCCAUGGACUUCACCCCUCCCGGCAAGCAAAUCGUGGAUGAGGUUACCAUGGAAGAUAUCACCAGAUUCUUUGUCGAGUACAUCAAAAACGACAGCCUCGGACAGAUUGCAAAUUCGCAUCUGGCUAUGGCUGACUUCGAAGACGAGGGCGUUCGGAGCGACAAGUGUCUUGAAUUGGCGCAGCUUCAUUCUAUUGCUGUUGACUAUCCAAAGUCCGGUGUCCCGGCACAGAUGGCAAAGGACAACAGGCCCAAGAGAUAUCCACACUUCAUGGAGAAACAUCCGGACAGGACAUACUUCUCACGCAGAAUCUUGGGACAGCUUUAUGAUGCAGUUGAGGAGGUGAAGUUCAAGCCUUUCUAUGACUUGCCUUUCGAUAGUCGCAUCAUCAACGCGUACACGAUCGAGGCUGAAGUACUUGCAAGAGCGGCUAGUGUCAAGGAACUGUACGACACUGCUAUUCGUAGACUGAUGGCUCAGCACGACAUCAAUACAGAGUUCGAGGCGUGGUCUACGUUCAUCCUGAAGCAUAACGACAAGAUUCGGGAUUAUUCUUUGCAAGAAGAAUUCGGCCGCGUCUGGGAAGCCUUGAGAGAGCGGUUCCAGAAGCUCUGUUAUGAAGAAGCUGCUGGUGGCUACAAAGGUGAUGCUCAUGGUCCGGACGCGAAAAAUGCGAGAGCAGCACUUCAGGAAGAGGGUAGGAUUUUCAAAAACCUCGGCCCCUUCAUCGCUGCCAUGUACACGGUUACGGCCCAGGAGAUGCAGCGUGCAGUUGACCAGACCCGCCAGACCAAGGUUGUCGGCGGCCGUGACAUACCUGCCAUGAAAAUGACGCCGGAGAAAAUGCCGCUCAUGAGUUUUCCUUGGAUCUUCGCCCGCGAGCUUGGCCUCAUAGCGACCGGUGCCAAAGGCCAACCCCAAGGCCUUUCGAUUCAGCACUCGAUUCCGAAGCUGAAGCAGACCGGAAAACAAAAACCUAAGAUGGACACUUCAGCUCAAGGUGGUUGGACUAGAGACGACGAGCUUUUUGUGGAUGGAGGUGCUGUCAUCAAACAAGGCGAUCUUGUUCACUUGUUUGGCGACAGUAGCAAAGCUGGUCAUGGUCAGCAAUCCGCACAUAUCGCUCAUGGCAAAGAUACUUUGAAGGACGUAUGCAGCAUGCCGACUGAGCCGACCACUUCUUCCAUGACAAACGGCAUGAAGCAACUGGAGGGCCUGAAUUUCUUCCCGGAUGAAAACAAGGCGGAUCAAGAGGCUGCGAAGCCGGCAGAAUCGCCAACAGCGGGCAAGGGCAAGAUGGUAGAGAAGGAGGAUGAAGAAGAAGAAGAAGAAGAAGAAGAAGAUGAUGAUGAUGAUCCUGAGGGCCUGUACACUGAUGACGGCCCGUACCCACAUGAAUCGUACAAAUAUCCGUACUUCUGGGCUAAUGCCGUCCGUGCAGACUCCUCCAAGGAUCGAAUUCUUUCUACCAUCAAAUCUUCCGAGCCGAGCGACUCACGUCGUCAGAUCGUCAAUCCUGCUUCUGGUUCAGACCAGUCUGACGACGACGGUGAGUUAGUCAUCGGUGCUGAAGAAGAGACGGAGGUCGAUAGAAGAAAGAUCUUAGGACGUGGAGGAAGGCGGUCAUCGACAGUGGCCGGAAGCGAAUCGAGCGUGCAGAGCAUCGCAGAGCUGAUGAUGCUGAGGCGUAUGGAGCAGGAGCUCGAGGAGAGGGCUGUGGUGGGCACCUCGGGGUCUCGUGAGGGCGAGUACGAGGUGAAGGAGUUCGAGAAGGACCAUGAGAAGGAGAAAGCGGUUGAGGGUGGUAUUACGACUAAGAGGAGUGCGGAUGAAAACGGAAAGGGCGACAAGAAGAUGGCCGCCCAUUCGAGGGGUAGCGACGAGACUGGUGAGGAGGAAGUCGUGAUUCCUAAGAAGCGGCUUAAGACGACUUGGGACAGGCUAAAGAGGUUUGCUUGA